AUGGCCAAACUGUCCCCCUCAAUAUUUGAUAUUCUUGAUGCUGCUCUGCUGUACUUCUUGACACACCUCUCUUUGAAGAGCUGGUCUGACAGCAGACAGUACUGCAGGGAUCGUGGUGCUGAUCUGGUCAUUAUCAACUCUGAAGAGAAGCAGAGGUUCAUAUCUUCAUUCAUCAAGGACAGAGUGUGGAUUGGUUUGUCUGACACAGAGAACGAGGGCAUCAUGAAAUGGGUGGAUAAUUCAACACUGAAACCAGGGUUUUGGCUCAAAGGUGAGCCAAACAGCUACGGUGGAAAAGAGGACUGUAUUGAACUGAAUUAUAAAAGAGAGGAGACGGGAUGGUCACCGCUGAACAGCUGGAAUGAUCACUCAUGCUCUGAGAAGAAAAAGGGGAUUUGUGAGAAAUAGGGU